UAGAUUAGUUGAGCUUCCAAUAAUUAAAUAUUACAACUCAACAUUUUUAACGUUUGCUGUGUUGAGUGAAGUUAGUAAUCUUUCGUUUGAAGUUGAAAAGCAGCCAAUUGCUAUUUACUUCCGCUGUUUUCGCAUUGCGUCAAACGCCACUUCAACGUGUGAAGCCACGCGGUUUCUUAUUCGGGUGUUUUAAAACUCACUGUUUAUAUACUACAUAUAUUUUAGUGUUAAAAUGAGUUCUCAAAAAGGAAAUGUUUCCCGAUCGCGAGGCCCAAAACACCAGAAUGUGACAGCCUUCAAAAAUGACAAGUAUGGUGCAAGCGCACAAGUUAAGAAAGCCAAAGCUAUGGUUCAUGAAGGUCUGUGCCAGCGCUGCAAAGAUGUGUUAGAGUGGAAAGUCAAGUACAACAAAUAUAAGCUCCUUACACAGCCACGAAAAUGUGUGAAGUGUCUUCAGAAAACAGUGAAGGAUGCCUAUCACAUCAUAUGCAAGCCAUGUGCACUAAAGCUGGAGCUUUGUUUGAAAUGUGGGAAGAAGGAAGACAUUGUCAUUCCACUUGACAAGAAGGAAGAAGAGGUAGAGAACACGAGCGAGUCAAAUAAAGAGAAAAGACAGAAAAAAAGAGAUGAGGAGGAAGAAGAGGAUGAAGAUUUUGAUGACGUGGGCAUUAGCAACGAUGAUUGUGAUAGUGAUUUAGAGGCGGAAGGAAAUUGACAUAUGCAAUUUUCUUUAUGCAUUACCAGCAAACAACUACACCAAAGAACAACGUAUCUAGGGAAACCUGAGGCUGGGUAUUGGACAUGUACUCACCUGUUCAUCUGCUGUUAAUUGGGGAAAGACUCCCG